AUGCGCGUCGGCGUUUCGUCCGAACGCGCGUCUCCACCCAUCCCCACGUCGCGUCAUGCGAGGCAGAUCUCACCGCCAUCGCGCGCCGUGGUCGUCCCGCGCGCGUCUCGCCGCCGCUCGGAUGCAGAAUCCUGCCCACCAAACGACCGAGAGAUCUCUCGCGUCCCUCGCGCCCGCGCCUCGGCGUCGCGCGCGCCGGACGCGCGGACGGAAGAAACGACGUACUUAGGGUUCGCCGAUGUCAAAGAACGAGAGCUCGUGACGUUUUGGCGCGAGUACGCGGAAGCGAAUGAUCGAACGACAAAGGCGUUGGUCGAGCGGGCGCGCGGACGGGAAGAGUUGGGCGACCCGGUCGCGAUCGCGCGCGCCGGUGAUUUGUUGCGGGCGCUGUUGCCAGACAUUGACGUCUGUAGCGUGUUCGAACGCGAACCAGGGGCUGUGCGGUUGGAAUUUAGAGACGCGAGCAAGCGCGUGUUGGCGUUGCAAGACGUCUUGUGUUCGAGCGACUUGUGUCGAGACGUCACGUCGUUGGUGGAGCGGCAUCCGACGCUGUUGUUAGUGGAUGACAUCGAGGCGCACAUCGAGCGCGCGGUGGCGAAGCUGGCGAGCUUGGAACCGCGGUGCGACGCGCGGUCGAUCGUCUCGGAGUUUCCAGAGUUGAUUUACAGAAUACACUCGUACGAUUACGUCGAGAGCUUACCGAUUAGCAUCCAAAACAUGUUGCUCGACAGCGCGAGCGAGGACGAGGCGAGGAUCGAGGAUUACGAGCGCGCGUGGAACGAGCGCGAGCGAAUCAACCGCGGCGACGUCGACGACCCGUUCGACGACCAAGCCCUGGAUUGGACCGUCGACGGCUACUACGAAGGUCCGUCCCACGAAGGUCCGAUCGCCGACUGA